AUUUAGGCCUACGCAAAAUAAAUUUAUUCCAAGACCUAAAGGUGGUUGUGAAUGGAUCGACCAAUGGGCGCGCUUCCAAGGAUGACGUCACCGACACGCCACUUCUCUCGACCAAUGGGAAGUAACGCGCGAGAUGACGUCAGGCGCACACACCUCUCAGCUGUCUCACCAAAACAACUCCAGUCAGUAAGCGUGCGAACGUGGACGAGAGAGGACGUGGCUGUAACUCUGUCCGCAUUUGAUUCGUGAACGCUGCGGGUGAUAAUUUUUGAAAAAGGAAAAAAAAAAAACAAAAAAACGGGGGUGAAUAAUUAGAAUCGCAAGAGACGCCUUUGAGAGAAGGGAGAAACGGAAGAUGAAUUUCUCCUUCGCGGGAUGUGGUUUCUUAGGCAUAUACCACGUUGGUGUGGCUUCUUGUCUCAAGAAAUACGCACCAAAUUUACUAGUAAAUAAGAUAUCCGGUGCUUCGGCUGGUGCACUUGCCGCCGUCUGCCUGCUGUGCGAUUCUCCGCUGGGCUCUCCUUUGCUCCGCCUUCAUCCCCGGCUUCAGCGGGUGGGCGUGUCCGAAAGUGGGCGGAGUCAGGUACAUCGACGGAGGCUUCACGGACAACCUGCCGGAGGUGGACGCCCACACGGUGACGGUGGCGCCCUUCUGCGGCGAGGCGGACAUCUGCCCCAAGGACAACACGGCCGGGCUCAUUACGGUCAGUCUGGCAAACACCAGCAUAGAACUAAGCAAAGAGAACCUGUAUCGCUUUGCUCGCAUUCUCUUUCCUCCUCCUCCUGAGGUGCUGAGUAAGAUGUGUCAACAGGGCUUCAAUGAUGCUCUCGACUUCUUGCAACGGAACAACCUCAUUAACUGCACACGAUGCCUGGCAGUUCAGUCUCGAUUCAAUCUGACGGAAACUCAUGAAGACACGCACCUAAGCCUCCAUGACAUGGACUGUAUCGACUGCAGCAGACAACGCAAUGAAGCCAUCCUAGACCAACUCCCCGAGGCUGUGGGCUGCAUCCUCCAGGACGCGAUCAACAAGGCCAACCAAGGGCUGAUGAACUGGGUCUUCAAGCACAGGUCUAUGAAGCUGCUCUCAGUCCUCACGCUGCCCUACAUCCUGCCCAUAGACAUUGCAUACGCGGCAUUCCUCAAGUUCAUGAGCUCGACACCCAGUGCAAGCGACCUCAAGACCCUAGGCAAGCAGAUCGUUGACCUUGUGCAGGCCCUCAUACAGUCCACCACCAAGUCGAGCCUAUACCACCACCACCACCACCACGACAGCAAGUUCUCCUGCCAGCUGGCCAUCACCGAGUUCUCUGGCGACACAGAGCUCCACAAUCGUCACAACUUUGACUUUACACUGGAUCUUGAUGACUUGGAAGGUGUUCCAGAGAGCCACAAGGAUGCGAUGGUUUUGGAGUCGGAGGCCCUGUCACAGGUGGCCCUCCGCUGUGCCGUCCGUUCCAUGUCGCGUCCCGGGUCCCGCAUGGCCUCUCGUGCUGCGUCCAGGGCUGUGUCAAGGGCCGUGUCGCGCCGUCCGUCCGUCAACGACCUCACAAAUCCGGAAGAGCUGGAGACUGCUUUACCCGUCACGACCACUGUUAUGAGCGAUGAUGCCUUCGAACAGAUUCUUGAUGUGACGACGCACCAGGAGGCUCUCAUGGCCUACUAUUACCUUGAUGACAAUAAUGAGGUUCGCGUCACGGAGAUCUUUGACAUGACGGAGGCUGACGGUGGUAAUGGAGGGGGACCCCACGAUGACAGCUAUGGGGGCAUUGAAAUUGACUCCGAGACGUGGCACUCUGAAGGGCACUGGUCGCAGAGGAGUAGGACCGACUCAAUGGGUUCUGAGGGUUAUCACGAGGGAGGUCUAAGCAUGUCAAUCCCUUCAGACACGGAAUCGGAACAUGGGCACAGGGUCAUGAGACAGCCCGAGUCUGAGCAGAUCUACUCCUCAUCGCCUAAACGCCGACCGUCAUAUGCCAUCAUUGAAUGAGAACGUGGCAUAGAAUCAGAGUUUUCCUCGCCGGGGUAAUUUCAUACCCAAGCUCUCUUUAAUUGGCCACUCAAGCUGUCUGUUUAGUAGGUGGCUCUCGCACCUGGCCAUUCAUUCUUUUGUUGGUCCUCUUAUCUAUUCAUUCAUUUGUCCGGUUGAUUGGUCGUUCCCGCGCUGGGGCAUUCUCUCGUUUAGUGGUUCUCUCAUUCGUUCAUUCAGUCCUUUGGUUGUUUGGUGAAUCAGUCAUUUUGAGAGAUCCCUCUUUAUCUUCCCAAGACUCCUAUGACUGCCAAAUGUGUGUUUGCUGUGUGUAUAUGUACAUAAGUCUUACUAUGAGAUUUUUUAAUCCUUAGAAUCAAUCUUUUAGGAAGGUUGAGCCCAAUCAAAUUUUUUUUCUUCUUUAUGUAUAUUAUAUAAAGAUGUUGGAGACUAAUCCCAUUGUAUAUUGUAUUUUGUAUACAUUUCUCACUUUCUGUAAAUAUUGUACAAGCUAAGCAUACAAAUUAAGGUUACAGGUGUGUAGAUAUUUAUUAAUAUUCUACUUUAUUAUUUAGAAGAUGUUUUCAAGUUUUGUCAUAUUUGAGAAACUAUAUAUAAUAUAGGUAAAAUUUUGAGUUUUUAUUUUUAUUUUUAUUCAUAUAUUUUUUCCAUUUACUGUGUAUUUUUUUUUUCCCUUUUACUCGAGGGGAAAGAAGAUACUGGUUUAGACUUGAGAUAAAAAGAAAAUAUAUAUAUAUAUAUUCUUGCUUAUAAUUUUCUGCUUUUGUAAUUGCCAGAUAAAUCUAUUUUUAUUUAUACCAAUUUUCACUUGAUUGCCAGAUUCCUUACACCUUCUGUUUGUUUCUUUGGAUUGUUUUCAUUAAUUGAUUUCUCUUAAUCUUCUGCUUAAAAGUGCUUUGUUAUCCAGUGAAUUAAGUUGUUCGCCAGAAUUAAAAGAAAUAAUAUGGAGAAUCAACUUAAAUUUCAGACCUAUUUCUGAAAUAUUAUAAAGGCUUAAAAAAGUCACAUCAAAUGUUAAACAUAUAUUGCGUUUGGUCGUAGUGAUAGAGUUAAGGGCGAUUGAUGAGAAUUAGGGACAAAUAUGAAGACGUACAUUACGUGGCUCAUGUCUUAGAUCAUUUCCUUUGGUCUCUCAAUCUUCGCCCAUUUUUCUUCUGUUACGGUAUUCCAUGUUAUUAUUGUUGUUAUUCUUUUAGAUAUUUGAUACGUCUUCUUAGGUUGGGUGGGGUGUGAGGAGGAAGUAGUCGGAUUCAGAAAGUCUUCUUGUUUUUUUUCUUGUUCUUUUCCUUUGUUUUAUUAUUUUUUUACUUGUUCUUUUUUAUGUUAUUCCUCUUUCUCUAUGUCUUCCACUUUCUUAUUCUACCUAUUCCUCAUUCUUCCUCUCCCUUUCCCUCUCCC